AUGCCGCACAUCGCACCGUCCAGCCAGAAACCCAAGAAGACCCGCGCCAAACACGCCUGCCGUGAAUGCAACAGCCGUCGCGUCCGCUGUGACGUGACCGAAGUCCAGCCCUGCACGAACUGUGCUGCUGCCGGCGCCAGAUGCGAGGUUCUUCCGUCUCGCCGCGGACGGUACGCCGCCUGUCGUUCGUUUGCUGAAAGCGCCGCCAUCCCGACUCGACGACUGAUUGAUGGUGACAGAUACCCGCGCAGGUCUCGCCGUCUGGAACCCGCGCCGCCGCCAGGCGCCCGAGGGUCGUUGAGCCCGACAUGCACCGCCGACUCCAACGUGCGACCGUCGUCCAGCCUCGCCGGCGAAUCCCAUCUGCCCGAUGCGGAGCCGAGGUCGAGCCCGGUCGUCGCCGGGGAGGACGCCACCACCGGCCCCGACCAUGCGGCGACCACGGCCGCCUCUUCUGCAGCCGGCACGCUCUUCUUCGGGGAAUCCAAUUUCUUGACGCUCGUGCCCGGCGACGAGGCGGCCGCCCCGGACGGCCCCGGCAACGCCUCGAGUCAAAAACCUCGGCUCACAUUCCCGAUCCCCGGAAGCCCCGGCUCGCAGUCGCAGGUCGAGGGCGCCGGAACAAGCGCCGGGACCAUGCGCUAUCUGCGCGACGAGGGCGCCCUCGCGCUUCCAGAUGUCCAGGCGUGCCUCCCAGCCCUCCGGGCCUACUUCACAUGGUUCCACCCGGGCUUCCCCAUCCUCGACCGGGCCGAGGUGACAAGGCGCCUGACCGCAAUGGAUAUUUCCCGCUUCUUGCUACAAGCCAUGCUGUUCAUAGGCACCACGUACUGCGACGACGACACAAUCGUGGCCAUGGGCUUCAAGGAUCGAUCCGAGGCCAAGCGCAUCCUGCACACGAGGGCCAGGCUUCUGUUCCACGCUGAUUGGGAAAAGGACGAAAUCACCUUGAUACAGUCCAUCUUCCUCAUGAGCUUCUGGCGCGGCGGCCCCGCAGAUGUCCGAGAUGUCCGAUACUGGCUCGGCGUCGUCAUUACCCUGUCAGAGUCGUACGGACUGCAUAGAUCACCCCCCCGCCCAAGACCGCGAUCGACGUCCAAAAGCGCGCACAUGAACCGAAUGAGACGGAGAAUAUGGUGGUCCAUCUAUGUGCGGGAGCGUCAAGUAGCGGCCGCGCUCGGUUUGCCCAGUCGUAUACGGGAUGAGGACUGCGACAUUGAGCCUCUCGGCGCCACGGACCUCGAGUCGGAGGCCCUGUGUGCCAACGACCCGCUGUUCGGCUCGUGCCAACCGGAGCACAUUACGUACGCCAUCAGGAUGGUAGAGAUUGCCAGGUUGCUUGGCCGAGUCAUUGAUUUGCACUUUGCCCCCGGCAGACGCGCCUCGACCGCCGGCGACGUCAGUGACCUUGACAACGCCCUGGAGGCGUGGAAAGACAGUCUGCCAGAGACCAUGAAGUAUGCGGCAGAUGGGGCCCGCGAGUCUGUAUGGACAUGUCUAUUGCAUCUGGCAUACAACCAUCUCCGUAUUUUAAUACACAGGAAUUGUUUCCUGCGACAUGGCGAAGGAGACAAGAAUAACUGGGUCGUCACCGCCGCUGCUUGCAGGAUAAGCCGGAUCGCAGAGGACAUGUCGACGCAUGGCACACUGCGAUACGGGCAAAUGCACUUAAUCACUAGUCUCUUUGCAGCGCUCUGCAUCCAUGUCAUCAGUAUCCGUCGAGGAAUCGGCGUUUCAAGACGAAUGGCAGAGCACAGGGCGCAAAUGUGCCUGCUGUGCCUCAAGGAGAUACAGGAAUACUGGAGGAUCAACAACAACGUCCUUGACUUGUUUCUCCAAUACUUGGAUCGAUCUAUUGCCGAGAGACUACACGCUGCGCAGACGGACGGCUCCGGUCAUGACUCCACGGCGACGGAGUCAAAACGGCCAGACCCUUUUGCCGGCAGCAAUGGCGACGCUUCGGCUGCGCCAUCUCGAGGAGAUCCAAUCCCGUCGCCAAGCGCCGAGCAACUGCGCAGCCAGGACGACUUGUUCCAAGACCAAUACUUCAAUUUGGUCAAUGGUCACUGGGAGGGCGAUGAUGCUUUGGGAGACCUGGGGCUGUUUUUGCAAGCCGAUGACUUUUCACCAGUGAGGGGCCUGAACUUUCUCGGUCGGUCUCUGUAG